AGUUGAUGAGGCUUGAGAUAUCGUUGGCGUCCGGUAACGAGUGUCUUUUUCUUUGCGAAGCUCCAAGCCAUCUCCCCGCCUGUCCCUCGCCGAUGGCGCGGCGAUCGCAUCUGACGCACAGGUGGUGCAUCGCCUGCGACGAUCUGGAGGAGCUGGGCGCCGGCGAGCGGGAGGGGUGGCUCGAUGACCCCUCCCUCCUCGCCGCCCUCCACCCUGACGCCCUUGCCCUCGCCCACUCCGCCCGCUCCGUCGUCCUCGUCCUCGGCUGGGAUCGGGACCCCGAUCCCUCUUCCCCCCGCCAACCCCUCAAGAUCCGCCCAUCCCUCGCCGCCGACGACGGCCACAUCUCCGCCAUCGAGUGGCUCCCAUUUGGCGACCUCCUCGCCCUCGCCCUCGGCACCUCUGCCGGUCUCCUCUUCGUCUACUCCUUGACCGGCGAUCUCAUCCACAAGCAGAUUAUACACCCUGGACGUGUGCUGAGGCUGAGAUUUCGCGAAACUAAGGUCGAUUCCUCGCAAGAUUCGGUGUCUUCUAUGGAGCUUUGUGUAGUCUUUCCAGGUGUGAUUGCCCGAUUUGAUGGCUCAGACAUCCAGAGUUUGCUUCAAAGAUGGUUUCAAGAGGAAGGGUCGCGAAUCAUGGAGAAUAGGUUCCAGAAUAGGGAUAUAGAGGAUGAGAAUUCCUAUGCUAGGAUACGGUUUCAGUUAUGGAAUGUUAACAAGUUUGGGUCCUGUGCUGAUGCCGCCAUCACUGGGCUGAUGCCCCCUCCACUUUUGGAAGUCCAGUCAAGUCAGCGUUAUUACCGUGCAGUUACGAUUGGAGAGGAUGCGGUGAUAUCAGCAUAUAGGCUUUCAGAGGAUAGGAGCAGAUCCUUAGUUGGAGCUAUCCUGUCAAAGGUUGUGCCUGCAACAUUUUCGACCCUGGCAUCAUUUUCCAAAAUGAUAUGGCGGAGUGAGCAAACCUCACCAAAGAAGCCCAGCAUAAAACCCCAGCCAUUCGCUAAAGCAUCACCUUUAACAUGUUUGAAGGAUCCCCCGAGGAAGGGAGAGAAACUCACAUUGUCCCCUGGUGGUACAUUGGCUGCCAUAACAGAUUCUCUUGGUCGUAUCUUGCUACUUGACACCCAGGCACUUGUUGCUGUGCGGCUGUGGAAGGGGUAUCGUGACGCGUGCUGUCUGUUCAUUGAGAUACCGGUAAAUAGAGAUAAAGCAUCAAGUUCCGCUUUCUAUGGAUAUACAAAAAGUGACUAUUGCUUGUGUUUGGCAAUUCAUGCACCUCGCAAAGGAAUAAUUGAGAUCUGGAAGAUGCGAACUGGCCCACGUGUCCUUACGAUCCAGUGUCCUAAAGGAAGCAAAAUUUUGCAGCCAUCAACUAGGUUUGUAUCAUCAACCUCAUCGUACACCCCUCUGGAGGUUUUCCUAUUGAAUGGAGAUUCUGGACAAUUAUCUGUAUUGAAUGGAUCAUUUGGCUGAAAUUAAUUGUACACUUUCAUUUAACUAAGUUGGUUUUUCAGUUACAGUCAUCUGAUCUUAUUCAAAUUGUCAAUUAAAUGUUGUCACAUCAUCAAGUGUUGAAGUCUGAAAAGAAGGUUCAAUGUCAUUGCUGUGGUCAUCCAUCAUCUCAUCUGUGUAUGACUAUCAUCUUGAGUUGACUUCCUAGUAUGUAGAUUAAAGCCAUUGCUUUGCAAUCAAAAGAGAUGAUUUGGGGUCAGAACAGGAUUCAUGCUUGGUCAUCUCUGUCAUUCAAGCACAUCAAUUUUACCAAUAAAGUUCAUCCUGUGGUUCUCUGCAUGUCAUGUGGAGUAUUAACGGAGAUGUAUUAGGAUACGGGUUGUUUUCGUUUGAUAUUUUACACCUGAAUUUCCCAAAAAAGAUCACUGGUGGGAGAGGUCUGAAGCAUCAAACAUUUUCUGAAUUCAUAUGCAGUUCUAAAGUUUAGUUUCUGGAACAGACUGAAACACAAAAAAUUGUUGUUAGACAUGGCCUGAAAGCUAUAAUUCCCUUUUUUACAGAUGGGUAAGGUAACGUUGGUUUCAUUUGACAUCGCAUCAA